GAGUUUUAUCAAGUCGUGCGGACGCGCGGCGACGGGCGGUGCAUGUUUCGGUCGCUCGCGCUCGGUUUAGCGGCGAUCGCGAAUCGCACGAUGACGAGCGGGGAGGAGGAGUUCGAGGCGGAUCAGUUGCGGUUGGCCGUGGCGGAAAGUUUGUGCCGGACGUCGGAGAAACGGGAAAAUUUUAGUGAGGCGGUGAUGGCGAUUUCGUACGAGUACGGUUUGGAGCAAUAUUGUCGACGGAUCCUGGACCCGUCGUUUUGGGGCGGCGAGCCGGAAUUGUUAGUGAUCGCGAGGUUGAUUCGCCGACCGAUCAAGGUGUUCAUACACGCGAGUCAGGCGAAGAACGCGCAGGGCAGUGGGUUCGUGUCGAUUCAGACGUACGGCGAGGAAUUCGCGAAGGAGGGUAAGCGA